AUGAGCUUCUUCAUACCACAGACUCAUACUUAUCUAGACUAUUUCACUUUCGCGACCAGCUUUCAUAAAGCUUGCAGCCCCGAACGACACCUCCUGACCACAGAAUGCACGGGGGAAAAAGAGGUUUGGUGGCACCUCAGAACACUUUUUUGGAGAACAUUGUCCGGCGCUCAAGUGAAACAAGUUUCCUGUUGGGGAACGCCCAGAUAGUGGAAUGGCCAGUAGUAUACAGUAAUGACGGGUUUUGUAAGCUGUCGGGGUACCACAGGGCAGAAGUCAUGCAGAGGAGCAGUACAUGCAGUUUCAUGUAUGGGGACCUGACAGACAAGAACACAAUAAAUGAAGUCAGGCAGACCUUUGAUAACUAUGAAUCCCAUUGCUUUGAAGUGCUGCUCUAUAAGAAGAACAGGACACCCAUAUGGCUCUACAUGCAGGUGGCUCCCAUCAGGAAUGAGAACGACAAGGUGGUUCUGUUCCUGUGUACCUUCAAAGACAUAACUGUCUUCAAGCAGCCUAUUGAGGACGAAUCCACCAAGGGAUGGAACAAGUUUGCCCGGAUAACGCGGGCACUGACCAGCAACAGCCGCAGCAACAUGCAGCAGCUGACACCCAUGAACCAAGUCAACGAGGUCAGCCACAAGCACUCCAGACUGGCUGAGGCUCUCCAGCUGGGCUCGGACAUUCUCCCCCAGUACAAGCAGGAGGCGCCCAAGACGCCGCCCCACAUCAUCCUCCAUUACUGCACCUUUAAGACCACCUGGGACUGGGUCAUCCUCAUCCUCACCUUCUACACAGCCAUCAUGGUGCCCUACAAUGUCUCUUUCAAGACCAAGCAGAACAAUUUGGCCUGGCUCGUGCUGGACAGCGUGGUAGAUGUCAUCUUCCUUGUGGACAUUGUGCUCAACUUCCACACCACCUUCGUUGGGCCUGGUGGAGAGGUCAUUUCGGACCCAAAGCUGAUUCGAAUGAACUACCUGAAGACCUGGUUCGUCAUUGACCUGCUGUCCUGCCUGCCCUACGACAUCAUCAAUGCCUUUGAAAACGUGAAUGAGGGCCUCAGCAGCCUCUUCAGCUCACUGAAGGUGGUCCGACUUCUCCGCUUGGGCCGCGUGGCCCGGAAGCUUGACCAUUACCUGGAGUACGGGGCGGCGGUCUUGGUUCUACUGGUGUGCGUCUUCGGCCUGGUGGCCCACUGGCUGGCCUGCAUCUGGUACAGCAUUGGGGACUACGAGGUCAUCGACGAAGCCACCAACACAAUCAAGACAGACAGCUGGCUCUAUCAGUUGGCCACGAGCAUCGGCUCACCCUACCUCUACAACGCCAGCGGCUCUGGCCAGUGGGAGGGCGGCCCGAGCAAGGACACUCUCUACAUCUCCUCCCUCUACUUCACCAUGACCAGUCUCACCACAAUCGGCUUUGGCAACAUCGCUCCCACAACAGAUGGAGAGAAGAUCUUCUCUGUGGCGAUGAUGAUGGUGGGCUCCCUACUGUACGCCACCAUUUUUGGGAACGUCACCACCAUCUUCCAGCAGAUGUACACCAACACUAACCGCUACCACGAGAUGCUCAACAAUGUGCGUGACUUUCUCAAACUUUACCAGGUGCCAAAGGGGCUGAGCGAGAGGGUCAUGGAUUACAUCGUCUCUACUUGGGCCAUGUCCAAGGGCAUUGACACAGAUAGGGUCCUGUCAAUCUGUCCCAAAGAUAUGCGAGCAGACAUCUGUGUCCACCUUAAUAGACAGGUGUUCAAUGAACACCCAGCAUUUCGACUGGCCAGUGAUGGCUGCUUGCGCUCUCUAGCGGUUGAGUUCCAAACCACACACUGCGCCCCAGGGGACCUCAUAUUCCACGCUGGCGAAAGUGUGGACACCCUUUGCUUUGUAGUAUCCGGGUCAUUGGAAGUUAUUCAGGACGACGAGGUCAUCGCCAUUCUAGGUAAGGGAGAUGUGUUCGGGGAUGUCUUCUGGAAGGAAGACAAUCUGGCACAUGCUUGUGCCAAUGUGCGGGCUCUCACCUACUGCGACUUGCACGUAAUUCGGAGAGAUGCUCUGCUGAAGGUGUUGGAGUUCUACACUGCUUUCGCUAACACAUUCUCCCGCAACCUAAUUCUCACCUGCAAUUUGCGCAAACGGGUAAUCUUCAGAAAGAUCGCCGAUGUGAAGAAGGAGGAGGAAGUGCGCCGGCAGCAGAAGAAUGAAGUGACGUUCUCCAUUCCUGUUGACCACCCGGUCCGCAAGCUCUUCCAGAAGUUCAAGCAGCAGAAAGAGAUUCACAUGCCAAUCCAAGCUCAGCCUGACCUGGAGCGCAACCGGCUUCAGCACCAAAAUGGCUCCCCGAUACAGAAUGGGGCACCUGGCACAGGUGGAGGGACUACCAGCGGUGGCUCCAGUGUAGUUACUGUCUCCCAGAUCACCCCCUUGCAGAGUUCACUGGCCUAUGUCCACACUGGGGAGCCCAUUCACACUGGUUGUCACGAGGUCAUGGAGCUGAAGCCCAGUGUGGUGGACCAGAACUGCCUGAGGGUCACCAGUCUGGUACGGCCCAGGGGUGGAGGUGGGGGUCGAGACUGGAUGCGGUUUAAGAAUGCUACUACAGCGGCGAUGCCCCUGGCUCCCGAUGAACCUGAAGGGCCACAGCAGAAAGAAGAGGAGGAAUGGGGUGACGUCCAGGAGGCAGAAGGUGGGGAGAGCAGCAGCGAGGUCGGUGGCAGCAGCACAGGAGAGGGGGGCGACGAGAAGAGUGCACUCUACAAGACAGACUCGUGCGACAGUGGCAUUACCAAGAGUGAUCUUCGGAUCGACAGGGCAGGGGAUGCACGAAGCCCCUAUGAGCGGAGCCCAAUGGGGAGAAGUCCUUUUGAACACAGCCCCGGUGUUGGGAGUGAGGGCGUGCUGGGCCACCCCUUCCAACCCAUGUCUGAACAGGUGCUGCUCCAGUCCACUCUCCAGGAGGCCAAGCUGGAGCUGAAGGGAGAUAUCCAGAUGCUGAGUGGCCAUUUAUCAACACUUGAAGCCCAAGUUAGUGAGAUCCUGAGAUUGCUGUCUGAGAAGAGGAGGCUCUCACUGCCGCAGGCCUCUACCCCCAAGGCUAAAAUCAAAUGCCAGGAUAUCUUCACCGUGUCAAGACCUGUCACACCGGACAUUGAGAGAGACGAUGGACCUUUUUGAAUGACAAAAAAACAUUGAUAUACAGUGAGGGAAAAA